AUGACAACUUCAAUAAUUGAGUGGCUGGAGAGCCUGGAUCUCUCGCAGCCCAUCGUUUGUUUAGAAACAGACUUUGCCGAUGGCUACCUGUUUGCUGAGGUCCUGCAGCGUCUAUCUCUCCUGCCCCAUCUCCACGGAUUCCAGCGAGCCAGCAGCAGCAGCAGCAGCAGCAGCAGCGGCAGCAGCAGCAGCAAAAGCAGCAGAAACGGCAGCAAUCUCGUCGGCUCUGUGACAGCAGAAGUGCAGAAUUUCACGCUGCUGAAACCUGUAUUGGAACGCAUCGGCAUUCGCUUCAGCGCCUCCAUCAUGCAAAAUAUAACGAGCUCAAAGUCAGGCGCAGCAUCGAGCUUGCUCAAACAAAUCCGAAAAGCAACGGAACACAAAACACCUUUUGCUGCUGCUGCUGCUGCUGCUGCUGCGGCUGCUGCUGCCGCGGGUGCUACUGCUGGUGCCGGUGUUGCUCACCGCCCUCUCAGCCCCCCACAUCCCCCCAGGGGCCCCCAGACAGGGGCCCCCCAGCACGGGCAGCGGGGGCCCCCGACUCUGCCCCUGUCUCUGCCUUCCUCUCCAUCUGCAGCAGCAGCCGGCCAGAGCAGGAACGCCAGCAGCAGCAGCAGACAGUUGCGCGGCGUCUCCGGAGCUGCUGCUGCUGCUGCUGCUGCUGCUUCUGCAGCACCCGCAGGAGCUGGGGAUGCUCGCUCGUCGCAGCAGUCAUCGAGCCGGGGGAAAGCAAAAGGCCGCAGUGCAGUGCUGGAGUGUAUCGACAGCUUUGAGAUGAAUUUGCAGCGUCAAGGCAUCGGCAGUCCAACAUCUUCAGGUGAUUCUUCUGGUGUGUCUGGCGGUGCUGCUGCUGCUGCUGCUGCUGCUGCUGCUGCUGCUGUUUCUGCUGCUGCAUGCAGCGAGGACGUGGAGACAGUGCUGCAGCAGAUGAAGGGGAAGCUCCCCUCGCAGCAGAGCCAACAGGAAUUCAACAACCAAAUGAUAAACAGAUUGCAUGCGGCGCGUCAAGCACAAGAGGCAGCCUGCUACGAGCGAUCGAGGAGAAGACAGUUGCUGCUGAUGGAGCAGACCAGGCGCUGCAGGGAGGCGCUCAACAGCCGCGUUGCUGCUGCUGCUGCUGCAGCUGUUUCUCCUCCUCCUGCUGCAGCAGCACCACCAUCAACAACAACAGCAGCAGCAGCAGCAGCAGCAGCAGGAGGCAGCAGACGUCCUGUAAGCAGCAGCAACGAGCUGCGAGCUGCUGUAGGGCGUGUACGAGCAUACGAGGGAGUGGUUCGCUGCAACGUGGAGCUGAAGAAGGAGCUGCUGCAGCAGCAGGAGAGAAAGAGAGAGGAGAUGUUGCUGCGUCACGAGCAGCUGCAGCAGCAAACCCGCAGUGUAUUGACAGCAGCAACAGUUGAAGAACAAGCCAACAUAUGCAGAAACCUACAAGCAGCAGUACAAUACUCUCACUAUACCCCCGAGGGUCUGGCGGGGGUGGCUGCUGCAGUUUGUUGCUGCUGA